AAAGGCUGACUCCCAGCUGGAAAACCUUGGAGACUGGAGAGCUGAACACUCCCAGUAUUGCUUAACAAAAAGAGAAGUGGAUUUUUGUAUUUGAUCUUCAUUUUAUGUAUACUGCUUAACAUUUUGGGAUACUAUUGAUUUUAAUUUGCUUGAUUUGCAAACAAACCGAAGCUCCACCAGCUCUGACUCAGCUCAAGGGAGUGAAGGAGGAUCAGUUUUGCAACCUAGAUGCCAAGCAGAAGCUGGAGUGAAGGCUACAGAAGAUGAACCACCUUAUUCUACUUUUUUCAUUGUUUUUGGCUCCUGUAUUUGCUGACAAAGAAAGACAGGAAACAAAACACAACUUUUCUUCAAACAAUGCCAGCCACAAACGUCUGAAGAGAGACUGGAUAUGGAACCAAAUGCAUAUCAAAGAAGAGAUUGAUACGCCAAUACCGCACCACGUUGGCAAGAUCACAUCAAGCGUAAGGAAUGAGAAUGCUAAGUAUAUUAUUGAAGGUGAAUACGCCAACACCAUUUUUAAAGUGCAAGAAAACAGUGGUGAUGUGUACGCGUUUGAGAGACUAGACAGGGAAAAGAAAGCAGAGUAUGAGCUGACAGCUCUCAUUAUUGACAAAAGAAACAAUCGGUCACUGGAACCUCCAUCUAAAUUCAUUAUCAAGGUUUACGAUAUUAAUGACAACGUCCCUGUGUUUGUACAAAAAGUAUUCAACGGAUCUGUUCCAGAAAUGUCACCAGUCGGAACUUCGGUCACCAAAGUGACAGCUGUAGAUGCUGAUGACCCAACAGUCACAGGUCAUGCCACAGUUACCUACCAAGUCAUUAAUGGACACGAAUACUUCACAGUUGAUGACUCUGGUGUGAUUUCUACAACAAGAGCUGAUUUAGACAGAGAGAAUCAAUCAACAUAUGAAAUUAUUGUUAAAGCAAAAGAUGCUCUAGGAUCUUCUGGGGACUCAAGCACAGCUACAGUCAUUAUCACUUUAACUGACAUCAAUGACAACUUCCCAGUAUUCAAACACCCAUCAUUUCACUUCAAAGUUCCUGAAAACAUUUCAGUAGGAGGAGAAGUGGGCAGAGUCAAAGUAGAAGAUGUCGAUGAGCCGCAACAUAGAAAUACAAAAUACAGUUUUGUCAGAGGAGAUUACAGGGACACCUUUGAAAUUAUAGCAAAUCCAUUCACAAAUGAAGGAAUCAUUAGGCCAAAGAAGCCCUUGGACUUUGAAAAAGUAGCAGAAUACAGAUUUGACAUUGAAGCAACAGAUCCCACAGUUGAUCUUCGCUACUUUAAAUCUGGUGGCUCUAGGAGCAUUUCAUCAGUCACCAUUGAAGUCACUGAUGUUGAUGAGCCUCCUGUCUUCCUUAAACUACCAUAUGAAUUCAAAGUAAAGGAAAAUGAUGCAGAAGUAAGAACACUUGGUUCAGUUUGGGCACAAGACCCUGAUGCAGCUAAACGGAAAAUCAGAUUCAUUCGACGAAGGACUAGUCCUAGUGGAGACUAUAUUAGGGUGUCCGAUACUGGAAUUAUUCAGCUUCCCAAGCCCCUGGACAGAGAAUUUAGUUCCUCAUACAACAUCACUGUGGCAGCUCAGGAAAUCCUUGAAGAUGGUCGUCUUUCUGACAGAGAAUCACAUGCCCAUGUUCACGUAAUAGUUGCUGACGAAAAUGAUAAUGCUCCAGAACUUGUUUAUCUUGAGGAACCCAGAGUGUGUGAAAAUGCUGCACCAGGAAAGGUAAUCAUCAGGAUUUCAGCUACUGACAAGGAUGAAAUAUCACCUAGAGGAUUUUUCAAAUACUCCUUGGCCACAGAAGAUAGCAACUUCUCCUUGGUUGAGAACUAUGAUAACACAGCUAAUAUCACUGUCAAAUAUGGACAGUUUAACCGUGAACUUGCCAAAAUCCACUACCUGCCUGUCAUCAUCUCAGACAACGGUGAUCCUGAGCUCAGCAGCACAAAUACACUUGUCAUCAGCGUCUGCAAGUGUAAUGAAAAAGGCAACUUCACUUUUUGUGAGGAAAGAGCUAAACAAGUUGGAGUUAGUAUCCAAGCACUGGUGGCAAUUUUUAUCUGUAUCUUUACAAUCAUUGUAAUCGCAUUGCUAAUUCUUCUAAGAAAGAGACACAAGAAGGAUUUGAGCGGUCUUGGGAGGAAUGUGGCAGAGAUUCAUGAGCAGCUUGUCACUUACGAUGAAGAAGGCGGUGGUGAAAUGGAUACCACUAGUUAUGAUGUAUCUGUACUCAACUCUGUCCGCAAGAACGGUAUAAAGCCAGAAGCAGUUCCCUCUCCAUAUGCGCAAGUCCAAAAGCCUCCUGGAAAUACAACUUCUGGUGCUGGAGAAAUGGAAAUGAUGAUUGAGGUUAAGAAGGACGAAGCUGACAAUGACAGGGAUUUGCUGCCAUAUGACACACUUCACAUUUAUGGCUACGAAGGUGCCGAGUCCAUUGCAGAAUCUCUCAGUUCUUUGGCAUCAGGGUCCUCAGACUCAGAUAUCGAUUAUGACUUUCUAAAUGACUGGGGACCCAGGUUUAAAAUGUUAGCUGAGUUGUAUGGAUCAGAACCAAAUGAAGAUUUUGUGUAUUAAGUUCAAAUUAGCCAUGAUUUUUCUCCCUCUCACCCCAGUUAGACAUUAAGAGCCUGUCAAUGGCCAAAGAAGAACUCAGAGCUCUUCACUUAAGCCAUACUAGGACUUCAAACAGAUGUGAAAAAACACCCGACAACAGUAGGGUUAAAAAGAAACACAACAGAUAUUGUAUAUUGACCUCCCCCAGCACUGCUAUCCUUGCUAACAUUCAUCUCUUUCCCCAAAAUUGAGCACAAGGACCUGCUUGAGUCUUCUAGGACGCAACUCCUCUCCCUAUCCAGACAGAUGCUGCUUAAAAAGAGGGUUUGGUCCCAUUUUCUCCUUCAUUCCUCUCCUUCUGUACUGUUUUCAUCCACACACAUUUGAGGUCAGCCACUGGAACAGAGAUGUUCAGUGGCAUUGGGAAGGAAUGUUUUGAAUAACCUUCUGUAUCUCCAGCCAGCUGGUUUCCCUGGCCCUCUUGUAACAUCUUUAUUGAUAUUCCACACUUAUGCUUACCCAGUAGAGGAGAGGAGGAACAUAUGGUCUAUCACUUAAUAUUAGAAAUUAUUCCAUUACUUUCAAAAACAGGCAUGAUUUUUCCUUCUUUCCAAUCUAGUAAUUAUUCUUGCUUUAUAGUCCUCUACUACAUACAUGAGUUACUAAAGAUAAAAUUAGGCAGGAUUUUAGAUGCACAAUCUGUUUUCAUCUGUCAUUUUUUAACGGCCUGAUGAUGAUUUCAGGCACCUUUCUGGCUUGCUAGAAUUUGUUCUAGCUAGCAGCAAAAUUGUUUUUUUCUAUUUCUUCCUGUAAAUAGGAUCUCAGUGUCACGCAACAGAACAUAUCCUGCAGGGCAGGAAACAUGGAGAUGGGGGGAAUGUUAAGACUCCAAUACUGUAAAUCUCUCUCAAAGGCAACAUAGAUCUCUCUAGAUUUCUAAUGAGGUUGAAUAGAUUUUUUAUUCAACAUUAUUAAAGCAAUUGUAUUUUUUCAGGGAGAAACAAGUGAAGGGCCUCAUUACUGUGAAACUGUUUUGAUUUUUUCUAAGCAGGUACUGUAAAAUGGGUAUUUUCCACCUAUGAAAAUAUUGUAGACUUGUAAACCAGAAUGCUACACACCCACACAUUUGUCUGCAUAAAAGAACCACAAAGUCAGGUUUUGGAGCUGCAUCUCUGUCCCUGGUAAGCGUGUGUUUAAUUUCUCACCUGAUGAAGAGCCACAGAAUGAACAGAAUGAAACUUUCCACGCAGAAAGUUACCCAGUCAAAUACAUCUUGUAAAAAGCGGGUCUCUUAGGACAAUGGCCUCUGGCUUCUGGAAAUGCAGAUUCCUGUUGCUUUCAACAGGAGCAGAGUCCUACCACACAGAUACUCAGUUCUGCAGAAUCUGUGCUGGAGCUGUAUGUAUUAGUUUAGUUGAUUUGAUUAUUUAAAUUUGGUAGCUAACCAAAUAAUACUAAAUUUUUAUAUUUUUUUUUCUAAAAUCAGUAGAAUGGAACCUCACAAAUUUGCUUUUCACAUAUUCACGUCAUCUCAAAUUUACACUCUCUUCCCUCAAAAUGCUUUCUUGGUGGGAAAUAGUCAAGCACUAUAAUAUGGUCUCACAUUAGUCCUCACUGCUAUAAAAAGUUGCCCAAUAACACAAUCAUUCAAAUUUUCAAAGAUGAACUAAAGGAACACUAAGUAGAAUUCUGUCCAUCAGUCAAAUCAGCUUUGGACCACAUCCUUUAUAAAAGAAGUACACUUUGGGAUGACAGUCUUUGUUUGAUUUUUAAUGUGUUCAUUUUCUUCUGUUCUGCUUAAUCCAGUGUAUGCUAAUGAGGUUCCACAUGUUAGUAUAUUAUAAGGAAUGCUAACUAAUAAUACUUACAGUUUAAGGUUUUCAUCAGUAAUUAAGGUAUUGGCUAUCAACAGGUAAAGUUAAUUAUGAAAUUAUUUAGUGCAGUAAGUACUUUGGUAAGCAUCAUCCAGAUAGUAUUACCUGUAAUUGCUAUUUUUAAGCUUGUUUUAUAAAGCUAUUUUAGGGAACACUGUAUCAAGUUCCACUGUAUAAAGAUGUUUGCACUGGAUAGUUUCUUUUUAUAUUCCUGUACUGUAUUUUUUUUUUUACUACAUAAAAACCAAUCUCAAGUUUGGAUUUUCUGUGCAUCAACGAGUUUCUCACAGAAGACAAUACCAGGCUUUGUAUCACAGUGAACUCAAUCCUAAAAAACACUGGUAUCUACACUCUAAUCAAACUCAAACUAGACACAAAUUCACAAAAGGACUUUCUUUACAAGAUGGUUUCUCCUUCUCUCUGGAAAGACGUCAGUAAAACUCCUGGGAUAAGGCAGAGAAAAGCCCCAACAGUGCAGUCUGGUUUCAGCAGCUGGUAAGGCUGAACCCUCUGACUUUGGAGGCUUCGUGUGUGCCAGUGCUACAGUAUGCAUUCAAUUUCCGAACAGAUGUUUGGUGUUUUAGCAGCCAGGCAUCAGGGUGAUUUUGAACCACUAUGCUUACUGAAAUCCUGCCCUUUUUCCUACUGGAAAAAUACUCCUCUCAAAUGGUGAAGGACACACUGCCAAAGGGGAAGAACAAACAUCCCAGGUCAGUGCAUCCCACCCAUCUGCAGGGAACUAGGCAUAUGCCCAGUAUCUGAGAGGUCUAUCAGUGCUGCCUCACUGGGAAAAAAGGCUAAUACCCCCAGCACCAUCACCCAGCCCCAGGUCUGCUGUCUUCCUUUUCUCUGGUCUGCUGCUACAGACAUAUGCAAGCAGGAUUACUCUGCAGUACCAAAACACAAAAAAAAUCCUUUCUCAUCGGCCAGAUAAGGUAUGACAGAACACACUUGUGACAGAAAAAAAGGGGAAAAAAGACUCCUAAAUUGCAGCUUUAGAUAGUCCAGUCUCUUGCCAUUUCUUUUUGUGACUAAUAAAAACUACUCCAAUACAUUCCCAAGAUUAUUCUAACACUUAAAAAAAAUAAAAAUCACACUAGUUUUCCCCAGAUAUGGCACUUAUAAUUUACAAAGCCUGGAAUAAAGCAAAAAAGUUCAAUUCCUUCAGUGCUAAUUGCCACGAGCAAACUCCAGAUCAAGCACACUUUAGCACAACUUGUAUUAAAAACACAAUAGAAGUGCUAAUUAUGUUAUAAUGAAAUGCAUUUUUCCAUAGAAAGCAUUUGAUUAAACAGCUACUUGCAACUUGUAGCUGCAGAGAUUCUCAUAAAGGUUUUUAU